ACAAUUUUUUUCGAAAAUUUUCAAUUUAAAGGUGUAUAAAGUGAAGUUAAGAUGUCAGAUUCCGCAGUUGCAACGUCCGCAUCUCCUGUGAUUGCCCAAGCAGCCUCAGGCGAGAAAAAGGUGUCUACUAAAAAGGCAGCAUCCACACCAAAGUCAAAGAAGCCAACAGCUCCUCCAUCACACCCACCAACACAACAAAUGGUAGAUGCAUCGAUUAAAAAUUUAAAGGAACGUGGUGGCUCAUCCCUUCUGGCAAUUAAAAAAUAUAUUAGUGCUACAUACAAGUGCGAUGCCCAGAAACUAGCCCCGUUCAUUAAGAAGUACUUAAAGAAUGCAGUUGCCAAUGGAAAGUUAAUCCAAACAAAGGGAAAGGGUGCGUCAGGUUCGUUCAAACUUUCUGCAUCUGCCAAAAAAGAUCCCAAGCCAAAACCGUCCUCUGUGGAGAAGAAAACUAAGAAGGUGAAUGCUUCAGCGGCAGGAGCAGCUAAAACGAAGAAUAGUACGUCUAGCACGAAAAAAGCAGCGGGUGCCGCUGAUAAAAAGCUAUCAAAAGCCGCAGCAACCAAGAAGAGUGCUGAGAAAAAGAAGGCGGACAAGACAAAGGCUAAGGAUGCGAAGAAAACAGGAACCAUAAAGGCUAAACCUACAACAGCAAAGGCUAAGUCAAGCGCAACAAAGCCAAAGACCCCAAAACCCAAGACCACAAGUGCUAAACCGAAAAAAGUCGUGUCGGCUACGACCCCGAAGAAAACUGCUGUCAAGAAGCCAAAAGCGAAGGCUGCAUCUGCAACAAAGAAAUAAUUUGAAAUUGCUAACUACUCGUCAGCAUAUGCAAACUUCUAAUAAGCCCUUUUAA